AUGAGAUAAUCAAGAGGAAGGAAAAUUGAUACUUCCAAUUCAGAAUCUGAAAUAUAUCAAAACUUAGGACCUAUUCUAAAUAAACCAGGAAAUGCUUAACCUUAGUAAAAACCAAAGAAUUAAGGGAAACCAAAAAGCUAAACAUAAAAGAAAUCAUAAACAAAUCUAAAAAAUCAAGAAAAUAAGUUAACCAAAAAAAUGAAAGAAUAUGAAAAAUAGAUCUCAGAACUAAGAUAAUAAUUAUAAGAUGAUUAAGCUAAUUAAUAAUAUAUUCAUUGUUUCAAUAGUACAAAGUAAAUAUUCAAAUUAUUAAAUUUAGAGAACAAUAUGAAAAACUAAUAUAAACAUAUGAAGAGACUAUUCAUCAACUUAAAUAGACAGAAUUAAAUUUAUUAGAAGAAUUAUAAGGAUAAAGUGAGAUAGCAAGAGAUGCUUUGAAUAAAUUAUAUCAAUAUUAAUAGGAAUAUAACACUGAACAUGAAGAGUUGAGAUAACAUUAUGAGUGUAUUUUAUUUAUAUUAUUUAGAAAUGAUCAAAGACAAAGAAUUAGAAUUAAGUUAAAAGUAUGAACUUUAAUUGUAAUAAUUGGAAAAUAUAAAUCAACAAUCUAGAAUUUCAGAACCUAAAAUUGCAUAAGAACUUUCAAAGAAAUUAAAAGAUAUGGCAACUAAAGAAGAAUUGUAUUUAGAAGAAAUAGAGAUUUUGAAAAAUAAAUUAAAUUAAAAAAAGUCUUCUGUUAAAGAGAAAGUAUUUUAAUAUUUUAAAUUUUAGGAGUUAAGAUAAAAAUUAAUUGAUUUAGAAUUAAAAUUGUAAGACUGGGAUGAUAAUUUGGAGAGAUGCAAAUCAUUAGAAUAUGAGAACUAAUCUCUUUUAUCUAAAAUAUAAUAGUUGGAGAAGUAGAUUCAAAGAAAAGAAGAAAAGGAAAGAAGAUUAAGAGAUGAAUGGAAUAAACAAUAUUAAGAUUUGUAAACUGAAGUCAAAGUAUUUUAUCAGUAUUAUUUAGUAUUGGAAAAAUGAAAUGGACAAAGUCAUUAUGGAAAAUAAUCUUGUUCUUUCUAAAAUAACACCAUCCAAGAAAAAAUAUUGAA